GGAGGGUUUUUACUGUACUAGGACGCGCCGGGCGCUGCACUAACCACUACAGUCACACACCACCGUGUGAGAGAGAGGGAGCCGUCCUGUAAAAUAUAUCUCAACUAAAAAAAAAGAACAAAAAUAUAAAUACCCAUAAACAAACCUGUUGAGUGCGGGGGAAGAUGGUGUUGAGGAAAAGCUGCAGUGUAGUUUUGAGCUGCAUAUUGCUCGGAUUCAUCUCUCUGCCUGUCAGCUAUGCCGCUACAUGUACCGAGCAGCAGUUUCAGUGUGGGAACAAGAGAUGCAUCACAAACCGCUGGGUGUGUGACGGGAUGGACGACUGCGGAGAUGGAACCGACGAGCUUCCUGCUACCUGCACUGAGAAGAAAUGUCUGUCGUCCGAGUUCACCUGCAACGGGAGCCCUGUUCAGUGCGUGUCCUCCAGGUGGCGCUGUGACGGAAAGGCUGACUGUGAGAAUGGAGCGGAUGAGCUUGGCUGCGCCCUGAAGAACUGCACGGCAGACGAGUUCCGCUGUGCAGACGGCCAGUGCAUCUCUUCCUCAUUCGUCUGCGACGAGGACGCUGAUUGUUCGGAUGGCAGCGACGAGGCCUCUUGUUCCAAGCCCGCCUGUACAGCUGGCUCGUUCCAGUGCAACAACACAGUGUGUGUUCCGCAGCUGUGGGCUUGUGAUGGAGACGCAGACUGCGCAGAUGGCUCAGAUGAGUGGAGUGAGCACUGUGGCCUGAAACCGACACUAAGUCCCUGCAGUGGACAGGAGUUUCGAUGCAGCAACGGAGAUUGCAUCCAUAGUAUGUGGCGCUGCGACGGAGGCUUUGACUGCAAUGACCACUCAGACGAAACCAACUGCACUGUGGCCACUUGUCGGCCCGACGAGUUCCAGUGUAACGACGGUAGCUGUAUUCCCGGCGUCCACCAGUGUGAUGGCGAGUUCCACUGCAAGGAUCUGAGUGAUGAGAACGGCUGUGCCACUGUGAGUAAAUGUGAAGGUCCGGACACUUUCCAAUGCCGCAGUGGUGAAUGCAUCAGCAUCGAUAAAGUGUGCAACAAGCAGCGUGACUGUAGGGACUUGUCUGAUGAGCCCAUCAAAGAGUGCAAUAUCAACGAGUGUGUUGAAAAUAAUGGUGGCUGCUCUCACACCUGUAAUGACCUGAAGAUCGGCUAUGAGUGCCUCUGCCCUUCAGGCUACCGCCUGGUGGACCAAAAACGCUGUGAAGACAUUGACGAGUGUGCUGACCCCGACACCUGCUCUCAGGUGUGCCUGAACCUGGUGGGCAGCUUCAAGUGUGAUUGCCAGGAGGGCUAUGAGAUGGACCCCAUGAGCAAAGAGUGCAAAGCUGUUUCUGAAAACAUUCCUUACCUCUACUUCACCAACCGUCACGAGGUGAGGAAGAUGACACUGGAUAAGAAAGAGUACACAUGUCUGAUCCCACAACUGAAGAACGUAGUGGCACUCGACAUGGAUGUGUCCAGUCGGACAAUCUUCUGGUCUGAUCUCUUCCACAAAAAGAUCUACAGCACUCACAUAGACAAGGCUGCUUAUCCAGCCAACCACGUGACCUUGAUUGGCAGCCAAAUCUCCUCUCCAGAAGGCUUGGCUGUUGACUGGAUUCACGGCAACAUUUACUGGACCGACAGUUUCUAUCAAAGCAUUUCUGUGGCAACAAAGGAUGGGUCCAAGCGCAAGACUCUUAUCAAAGAAGGGUUGAAUAAGCCACACGCUAUUGUUGUAGAUCCAGUGCGCAACUUCAUGUACUGGACUGACUGGGGAAACCCUGCCAGGAUAGAGAAGAGUGGUUUGAAUGGGGCAGAUCGUACGGCUCUGGUCACUGACAACAUUGUCUGGCCCAAUGGCAUCACACUAGACUUGGUGAAUCAGAGGCUGUACUGGCUGGACUCUAAACUGCACACGCUUUCCAGCAUUGGUGUCGAUGGUGGUUUGCGUCAUACACUCAUCGUUGACGAGCGGCAGCUGGCCCAUCCAUUUUCACUGGCUGUGUUUGAGGAGAGAGUGUUUUGGACGGACACAUCCAAUGGAAGUAUCCUGAGUGCAAAUCGUCUGACAGGAAAAAACAUUAUGAAAGUGGCGGAGAACCUACUGUCUCCCAAGGAUAUUGUGGUGGACCACAACCUCAAGCAGCCCAAUGGUACGAACUGGUGUGAGGAAGGGAAUCAUGUGAACGGUGGCUGUGACUAUUUGUGUCUUCCGGCUCCAAGAGUGAAUCAGCAUUCCCCAAAAUACACUUGCACUUGCCCCGAUCAUAUGAUCCUUGGCCCUGACAUGAGGAAGUGUGUGGAAGCUGUACAGCCAGUACCAACUACAGCAGUGGUUCCACCUCCAGUUCCAGCUGAUACUACGCCAAAACGGCCUGCCGUACAAACCACCACCACAACCACCACCACCACCAUAUCACCCAGAACUACAGGCUCCAUGACCUCCUCAGGAGCUGCUGGGUCUCGAAAGAACGUCCCAGAAACUGAGACUGAGAUCAGUGCUCAUGAAGGUUCAAAUGAUGUGUACGUUGCAGUCACCAGCCCUACAGAACACUCUGUCGCUCUAUAUGUCAUCCUCCCUAUAGUGGUGAUAUGCCUGACUGCAUUUGGCGCUGUGCUGCUGUGGCGUCAUUGGAGGCUGAAGAACACUAACACCAUCCACUUUGAUAACCCUGUGUACCAGAAAACUACGGAGGACCAGGUGCACAUCUGCAGGAGUCAAAGCCAAGACGGCUACGUCUACCCACCACAUCAGAUGUUAUGUUUGGAUGAUGAGGAGGACAUUGCAUGAUGGUCCUCUCAGAAAGACACAAACAACCCCACAGGAAGUCAAAUCUGAAGAUCAAGAGAGACUCAAAGGUUAACAGGCACUUUAGAUGCUGCUCAUAUGCUUUGAGUUUCUUUUUUUGCUGCACAAAUCUGAAUGUGAAGGAAAAAAUCCACAAUAUGAAGCAUUCUUUUACAUGAAGCAUGGACACAGAAGAAUGUCAUCGUCAUGAUAUAAAAAGCCACUAAAUGUUUUACAAAUUUUGAUGCUUUCAGACCAAAGUCCUAUGGGAUGUUACAGCCAUCAGAUUUCCAUGUCUUUAGAAGAUGCAUGCUUAUACCAUUAGCAGCACAUGUUGCAGCCAAAUUUUAGUAAGAUAGGAAGGAAGAUCCACUUAGAAUCUAAACUAAUAUGAAGAACCUCACAUUGAAAGAAGAUUGUAUAUUUCGGUAAAACUUUUUUGAGAAGCUCUGCAUAAGGACCACAUGACACAUUCAUAAAUUAUAAGCAGCAGAAUGCAGUUUCUCAGACUGCAUCUUCUGCAUAUUAAAGGAAUACUUUAGUAGUUUUCAAUGUCAUCUCUUUCCACCAAAUCUGUAGCAUGUGUGUGAUUACCAUGCACAAGAAUUUUAAUUUCUCUGUUCUGAAAAAAGAACAGAAAACCUGCUUACUUGAACGGACUUAUGAUGGAAUUCUUAUAAUGGGACUUAUAACGGACUUAUAAUGGAAGGGCAGUUGCUGAAUUGUGUAACUUCCAUUAUAAGUCCAUUAUAAGACCCAUUAUAAGAAUUCCAUUAUAAGUCUGUUUACGGUAAUUGUUGUUUUAAAAUAAAUUUAAAAUAACAACUACAGUAAAAAGUAAAGGUUUUACACAGAUUUAUAGGUUAAUUUACAAAUACUUUUGAUAGAAAAAUUUACAAAAACACUCCAUAUAAAUGUUAAUUGACUGCCCCAACAACUGCCCUUUGACUUCCGUUAUAAACAUGUUUAGAGUUUGUCUCAGGGUAGAGAAAUGGGUUGAAAUUCUUGUCCAUGGUAAUCACAUGUUCUGUACAGGCACUAUAUAUAAGAUUAGAGGACUAGGUUGAAUAAUGCUGGAGUAUUCCUUUAAUGGAGUAUGUGAACAUUUGCACAGUGUAAAUGACUGUGAUUGUCCACAGACGUUUAUAAUCGCUAACGAAUGUGUUGUGUUUGUAUUAUAGCCAUUGCUGGGCUUUACACAAACGUGUUACCCGCAGUUAGACGCUGACUUGUAAAUAAUACUCGGUUAUUUUUCACUGAAGGUUAACCUUUGCCUUGCACUACACUUUUUUUUUUUUUUUUUCCGUUCACAUUAACUUUCUGAAUGACAAACUACAUUGCAGUACGAAGUUAUAUUGCACAGUCAGAAGAGAUCUGGUAUAGAAAUUAAAAUAAAGAGAACUGAAGCAUCCUGAGCCAUGACAGCUUUUUAUAUGACGGUCAUGGCACUACCAUGGCUUGUUUGGCAGGACAGGUCACCUUUCCAAAGAACUCUUCAGGGAGAAAUAAAAAAAAAUCAAUACAGGUUUGUGAUACUGGCAUUUUGCACUUGAAAAGAACAGCUUGUUACCUCUUGUUGAAGAAUGCAGAUGAAACAGAUGCUUUACGAUAUUUGCUGUGACUGAUCAACAGCACGUUAGCUUUUGUGCUUUUGGAUAUCUGUGUGCCAGGAGGAUGCCUUGUGUAGCUUAGAUAGAUACGUGGUUUAUCUGUUUGUUCUCGUUUGAAACAUGCCUUAUGAUGAGAAGAUUAUUUGUUGCCUUAAUCCUCAGGUUUCGGAACACUCACAGAAAAACUGGCCAGAGGAAUAUGACCUGAUAGCUGUAGUAUAUGUAAAAUGUAAAACCAUUUUCUUUUUGGGAGAGUAGUUUUAAAAUGAUAUUUAAGACUAUGUAAUCAACAUCAAAUCAUGUACAUUGACUACGCUGCUGUUUUUUUGUACACUCUGUGAAUUGUGCGAAUAUCUAUUUUGAAAGAUUGCAGUUGUUACAGUAGAUGAAGUCAUAACCUGAAGUAAAUGUAAAAUGUGUACAUAAUGCCUAUGUAUAUACCUUUUCUGUCACUCAAUUUUUUUUUUAAGUUUGUAUAUUUUAAACUACAGAUUUUGUAAAUAGGAAAAAAGUGCUUUAUUUAUUGUAACAUGUCUAUAUAAUGUGUCAUUUUAUUUACUAGUUUCUUUACUAUUUGUGGAAUACAAGCCUGUUCUUCUAAGAACAGUCACACUUAGCUCAUUUAGUCUCUAAUACACUCUCAGAAAAAAAAAAGGGUACUAAACUCAAGGGUACCAUCCCAGUUACAGGGAAUGGAACAGUACCUUUUUUCUGUAACUACUGAGACUACCUGCACUGUUAUAGAUGGAUUACAUGACAGCAUAUCUUUAUCAACUUCAGUUUUCAAAUAAGACUUUCUUUUUUAUUUUAUAGUGCUUUUAAUUUUGUGUAGAAGUUUCACUACGAGUAAAUGGACAGUUCCUGUGUAGUUACUACCUAGUUAGUGUAAAAGUACAGAUUUGAUUCUGUAGGCAUGUUACAAGUCAAAUAUUGUGCAGGAAUUUUAUAAAAGUUAGACUUUACAAAGUGAAAAUACAGUUACGUACAUGACAGUACUUACAUGAUACACGUUCAUAAUUGCAUAAGAUGUGCUACUAUAAUCCAUCUGUAACAGGACAGACAUGUAAUUUCAGUACAUUAUAAUUGCUUGUGUUUAAUUUUAUGUGUAAUAUUAAUAUAAAAUGAGACAAAAAAAUCCAAAAAUAACAGGGCACUAUACUUUAAAAUGAGCCAUGUUAACAUCAGAAAUGUCAUAUUGUGUAAAUGCCAUCAAUAACACUUCUAUGGAAUGAACUUGUAUAAAAUCACACAAUGAAUUGUUAAUUACAAUGUUUGUGCCUUUUGAUAAUCUUACCAGGCAUUACAUAUGCUGGAGGGUUAUUAUUAUUAUUAUUAUUAUUAUUAUUAUUAUUGUUACGAGUUGCAACAUCUUACAUAAAUUAAAUUUGCUUUUUACUUUCGUGUCCUUUGGGUUAAUUUGCUUUAAGAGAAAGAUUAGUCUGUUAUAGACUACUAGAUCAGAGUAUCUGAACAGUUCAGAUGAAGGAAACAACACAAGGUAACAACUGAAUUGUGUUUAUUUUGUGUUAUUGUUAAAUAAAUAUUACAUUUUAACAUGA